UGGAGCUUGAUUCACAAAAAACUUUACGCACUUUUUUCUACGGAGCUCGGAUGUAAAGCCCAGGACGUUACUCCACAAAUCACACUCCGGGGCUCGAUGGAGUCGCUUCAAUCAGCUGUGCAUCAUUUCUUGUUAUGAUAAACAAGUAAUGAACGACAGAAACACAUCGCUAAACAAUGGAGGGAAUGCUGCAUAAAUGGACGAACUAUAUUAGCGGCUGGCAACCACGUUGGUUCGUGCUUGAUGGAGGAACUUUGUCCUACUACGACUCUCAAGAAGAUGCGUGGAAAGGUUGCAAGGGCAGCAUUAAAAUUUCCGUUUGUGAAAUCCAAGUUAAUUCCUCUGACUCUACUCGAGUGGACCUGACCAUACCAGGGGAGCAGUACUUUUACCUCAGAGCCAUCAAUGCAGCUGAGAGGCAGAAAUGGCUGGUGGCCCUGGGGUCGGCCAAAGCCUGCCUUACAGACAACCGGACAAGAAGAGAAAAGGAGCUCCAGGAGAACACAGAGGCAUUGAAAACCAAGAUGUCCGAACUCCGAUUGUACUGUGACCUUCUUCUCCAACAAGUACACAAGAUCAAGGAGAGUGAUGAGCUGGGAGACACCACGGAGACAGGAAUAGACACUGGAAACAUUGUGAAGUCCACAUGCACCACUUUCCUCAAGACUCUAGAGGAAUGCAUGCAGAUAGCAAACCAUACUUUUAGUACAGAUAUGGCAUCGCAGAGUCCACCGGGAUCUCCUCCUGUAGCCGCUGUCAAACCUCAGAAGAUUAAACCUGUCAAUCAUUUAAAACAGAACCUUGAAGAAAAAUGGAGAGAUUUGGCUGAAACUUCAGGAGAAGUAAUUGCACAUGACAACCAGAGCCUCGACUCUGGGGCAGAAGGACCAGAUGAGCCAGACAGACCUGAACAGCAUCAUUUCCCAUCAGAUAUCGGUGCCACAGACGACAGUGGGUCAGUCCAAGAGGAGGGACUCGAUCCCACUAUACACACUACCCAGACUACCUCUGAGACUGAACACUACGAACAACCAGCAGAGAGGGCUGAGGGAAAUGAAGCAGAUGAUCAAAAGGGGACCAAACAAGAGCAGCCGCACGAAGGGGACCAAAGUCAAGAAGAGCAUGACAACAGCAAGAAGGAAGUGAACGCCGUCGAGCCGCAGCACCAACAGGAAGCUGUUCCAGACCAAGAGGAGGCUCAACGUGAGGGCGACACUUCCAGAGUUCCACCAGAGCCGGAAGACACCGAGCAGGUGGAAACUUUCUUCAGCACAAUGAGUCACAGAUUUAGUGAUAUAAGACUGGACGACGACAAUGGUAUCCCUACACAAGAGUUUUUGGACUCAUGCUAUGCAAUAGUACCUGUAUUAGACAAACUGGGGUCCACAGUGUUUGCCCCAGUUAAAAUGGACUUUGUUGGAAAUAUCAAGAAAAUUCAUCAGAAGCUGAUGUCAGACCCCAACGGCUACCCCACGCUGCAGUCCAUCGUGCUCUACGAAGUCCAGACAGAUGUUGCCCGGGUGCGGAACUCUGCCACCGAGGCGCUGCUGUGGCUCGGACGGGGCCUGAAGUUCCUCAAGGAGUUCCUGUCUGAACUCCACGCAGGAGAACAAAACAUCCAGGGAGCACUGAACAAUGCCUAUGGAAAGACCCUCCGUCAGUACCACGGAUGGGUUGUGCGGGGUGUUUUUGCUUUGGCGCUGAGGGCCGCGCCGUCUUAUCAAGGCUUCGCCGCCGCCUUGGUGUCGAGGCAGGGCGACGAGCUGAAGGGCGGCUUCGCCAGCGGCGUGCACAGGGACCUGGGAGUGUAUCUGCCCGCCAUGGGGGAGCAGCUGGCCAUUCUAGACGCCCUGUAUCAAGAAUACAACCUGGAGUCGGACGAAGUGGUGUGACACUUGAAGGAAGGACAGAACCUGACUGCUGAAGGAUGGCGCCAGAUGCAUCGAGUGCAUCUCGUGUACCGAACAGUGUGAGCAUGUCUCGUGCCAGUGUGAGGUGUUUCCAGAGGUUGUAAAUCUCCGCAACAGUACGUCCACUGUUGUCUGGGUGUGAGGACGGCAUUAAUGUCCGUGUGUCUUGUUUAAGAGACUCCGACCGUGAUGAAUAACGGGGCCAUUUGUUCCUGGUGCACGUUGUGUAUUAUGACAUUUUAUGUACGAGGACUUAACUACGAGGUAUUUUGCUCUAUUAACUGCCCUGGAAGAUCAUUUGGAGUUUCCCUUCCCACUUAUGAGAAGGCAGAGACAUUAUUUAACCCCAGAUGUCCAUUUUCCGUGGAGUGGGUGUUUUUACUAACUAACAAUAAGCAAUUGUUUGACAAUUGUUCCAAUGCCCAAUAUUCACUCACUGGCCACUUUAUUAGGUAAACCUGUUCAAUUGCUUGCUAACACCACUUGGUAAUCAGCCAAUCAUAUGGCCGCAACUUAACGCAUUUAGACAAGUAAAUCAUUCAUUCAAACCGAGCAUCAGAAAGAAAAAAGAAAGGGGAUUUAAGUGACCUUGAACGUGACGUGGUUGUUGGUGUCGGACGGCCUAGUCUGACUGUGUCAAAAACCUGCUCAUCUACUGGGAUUUUUACGCACAACCAUCGCUAAGGUUUAAAGAAAAUAGCCAGAAAAAAUAUGCAGUGAGCAGAGACGAAAAUGUCUUUUGAUGUGAGAGGUCAGAAGAGAAUGAUAGAAAGGCGACAGUAACUCAAAUAACCUCUCAUUAAAACCAAGGAAUGAAGAACACCAUCUCUGAACGCACAACAGGUGAGACCUUGGAGAAGUUCAGCUACAGCAGCACAAGGUGACACUCCUGUCAGCUAACAACGGGAAACUGAGAGGACAAUUCACACAGGCUCACCAAAACUGGACAAUAGAAGAUUGGAAAAACGUUUCCUGAUCUGACGAGUCUUGAUUUCAGCUGCAACUUUCAGAUGUUCGGCUUAAGCUCCAUGAAAGCAUGGAUCCAUCCUGCCUUGUAUCAAUGGUUCAGGCUGCUGGUGGUGUAAUAGUGUGGUGGCUAUUUUCUUCACCAAUUGAGCAUGGUUUAAAUGCUGCUGCCUACCAGAGUAUUGUUGCUGACCACGUCCAUCUCUUUAUGAGCACAGUGUACCAUCUUCUGAUGCACCAUGAGACAAAGCUCAGCUUUUCCUGAACAUGACAAUGAGUCCACUGCACUCCAAUGGCCUCCAGUCACCGCAUCUCGAUCCAAUAGAGCACCUUUGGGAUGUGGUGGAACGGGAGGUUAGCAUCACGGGAGGUUAGCAUCACAUUUCAUGUUAAAGUGGACCAAAAUCUCUGAGGAGUGUUCCCAAAGCUUUGUUGAAAGUCUGCCACUAAGGAUUAAGGCAGCAGUACUGAAGGCAAAAGGCGGUCCGACCUUUUACUAGCAAGGUGGACCUAAUGAAGAGGCCAGUGGGUGUAUAUGCCUUAAGGAUGUGAUGGGAUUGCAAACGUGGAUAAUUUUAUAUAUAUUAAAAAGUAACGGUAAAAAGGUUUGCACUGAAAUUAGGGCAUUAUGAUCAAAUGGAUUUUUUUGUUUCCCAAAAUGUUAAUGUAACCCCUGCAGGUUGUUUGAGCCUUUGCUCUAGAGACUUUCCGUGGGACCAAUUGAUGAUGGGAGUGGCUUUAGCCUUUGAGGAGCACGACACACAAGAAUGAAAUGACACAGUCUAGCCUUUGAAAUACCGACAACUGUUGAUUACUUUUGUGGACAUCCUCUGCACAAAGCUAUGCACAGACUGCCUUUUCACAAUGUCUAUGUAUUACGUCCUGAGUUGUAAAUAUCACAUUGAUAUUAUGGGGUUCAUUGCAUACCAGCUCUUGUGUGGACAUCUGUAUCCAUAGAGCAUGUUUAUUGAUUGCAUGGUUAACUAACCAAACUAACAUUUGGUUAACAUUGGUGCCAAUGUAAACUGUUUAUAGGCCAAGGAUGUGAAUCAACCAAGUCAUUGAAUAACCCUAAAGGGGGAUGGAUUGAAAAGUCCAAAGACAUUCGCCUUCGACUGUACCGAAGAGUAACAUUCAGCUGGUCUAAUCUACACAUUUCUUCCAUCAUGCUCUGGUCUACAUAUAGCCACGUUAAAGUUUGUCCAUUGUGUCAAUGACGAAGCAGAAAGAAAUACAUUGUUUUUGUAAAUUGAUUAUUACUUUCCUUUUUUGUGUGUUCAGGAAUGCACAGAGUAAUAAUUGUUGAAGUAAAGCUUGUGCAGUAGAUGAAGGAUCGGCUGACUUCUUGUUGCAAAUGAAUCCUAGUUUUAUUCCAUUGUAAUACUGCCAACAUAUGAUUUUGUUUUCUAUGACCCUAUAUAAGAUCCUAUUUGAUUUUUACAUAAUAAAUCAUUAAGUUGUCUUAGUGUG